AAGGAAAAAGAAAGAACCGAAGCGGACGAACCAGAAACAAGUGGCGCGGCAACGCUUCGAUGUAAAAUGGCGCCGCCUGCUUUCUAGAGGCGCACCGCGUCGCUCAACGGCUCCUUCGCCGAGUUUUGCGAGAUCGACUUGGCGUAGCGCUUUGCGUCGUCUGUUCCGUAGUGCGCUGUUGUCGUGGAUGAGACGUCCGUGUUCGCGACGCGGGUUACUCUUUUAAGGCAGUGCUCGCGAAGUGGUCAUCCGUUCCGCUUCUGGCGUACCGCGCGAACGUCCGCCACACGUCGGCUAUUGCGUGUGAUUCUCCCGGUGGCUGCUCUGUGGAUGCGUUGGCCGGGCCCGAACACGUGGUGAGCAAAGGCUAGCCGAUCCGUGGCAGCCGUUAAAUUUGAGACUGCCAGCGAGCGCCGUCGUGUCGUUGAACAACCGUGUCUGCUGGUCGCCUUGGGAAGCUCGUCGUGUUUCCACCAUGGAGCUCUACGUGUUCUGCCUCGUGUGCCUUCUGGUGCUUUCGACGAUCGUUGUGCAGGGCAUCUACUGCGCCAUGUACUGCUCGUACCCUCUGCCGGGCGGGUACGACCCGUGCCCUCUGCUGUCCCGCUUCCGGAGGAAAAAGCGAUCCAGGCCUCCGCCAAGGUCCAACUCAGCCGAGGUCAUGAUCUCCAUGGAAGACAUGAAAGUGCGGGAGCCCGAGACGCCGUCGCCUGUGCCGGAGUACAAGACGCACCGGGGACAGACGGACGUCUGAGCCUGAUAAUCCUGGGAGCAUCCGCAGAUCUUUCUUUAUCUCUGGUCCUUCGAAGAUCGUGGUACAAAAGCAACGAUGUUGAAUUGGGAGCGUACAACAAGUCUAAGACGAUGUGCGCUGUUUGUGCGUAAAACAUAGGACCGUCAUUUAAGCCUGAUGUGUUGAUUCUGAGCCACGUGUAAUCCAUGCCCCAGGAAAGUUUCACCGAUCUCGUUCCCGUUGUAUAGUAAACUUGAACGGAAGUGGUAAUGACGAGGCACGCUCAGGCGCUCGAGGCUGUGCUCUAGUCCUUUGGGUUUCACACAAGCAUUACGGACGGGCACAUCCAGGUGACCGCGCUACUGGUUGGCAGACGGAAGUCUCUGGCUUCCGCCGCAGUGCGCCGUCAUUGACAAAGUACUGCCGCCCAUCCAUUCUGCUGGCCUCGCCGUCCCGUUGAACUGCGUCAGUCGCGGAUCGUGCACUAGCCAAUACGACAACAAAGAAAAUUUCACGCAUGCUGAUGCCAAUACCUGCGUUCCGUUAUCUGGGCGACGAGCUCCUUAGCACCAGCGCAUGUUCUCGCGAGCUAUCGCUCCUUUCGAAAUGCGUAGUGCGUGCCGGAAGGAGUCGAUACGACGACUUGCAGUUAGCGUGUCGCUGAAGGGCCGUGUAAAGGAGGGAACAUUGGGCGAUCUUCGGCGUUAAGCACGCACAAAGGUAGUCUACUGCAGCGAGAAAAACAGUUGUGAGAAUGAAUGAUAAGGCAUUAUAGCCUACAUUAGGUAAAAUUCUUUUCCUACGAUUCAUUUCUUAUUAUGAGUCGCAGCAAAUGACGAUUACUGAUAAUCAUGAAGUCAAGGCUCCGCAUGGCCCACUGACAAAGUAGAAAAAUAAUGAUAAUACGACGCCUGCACAACUGUUAAUUCGACUAUACGCAUGCUGUAUAAACAAUCUUAUCAUUUUACGCUACGGGGUCGUUUUACUGUUAUUACCGCUUAUGAGCUUGUAAAUGGGCCAAUCGUGUUCGUUCUUUCAUGUACGGGUGACGCAUAAAGAAAGCACACCUCUCCUCGGAUCGAACGAGAAACUCAGCCGCUUAACGGUAGAAAAAAAAAUGGCAUUGUGCGCUGAAAAACGCCCAUGGUGUUCUGCUUGCGAAGAUCUACCAGGAACAAAGGGUGAACUCUGUAGGGGUUACCUUGCUGAGAGCUAACUCACCGCGAUGUGUCCGCGCAUCUUGCAAAUGGAUAAAUUAUGCGUGAGAUAAUUAUUGUGCAAGACGACUUGAAUACUUCUGCAGAUAGACGGAGAAGUUCUUCUGGUUGCACGUGGUGCUGUUAAUGCUUCCCAGGAAAACCGUGCAGCUUAAGUCCGUACAACGUGUACCUAACAGUUCAGCGUUCACAAUGAUUUUUCUCAGUAACUGCGUAGGGGGAACCAAACAGCCAGUGAAGUGUGACAGUGUUUGUUUGUGCUUGUGUGCAAUUCGAUGAACUGUCUAUGCGAGCGCUUUACUUUUGUCAAGCUUCCGAACUGGGACCAUUCACCCAAUAGCAACAAAAGAUGCAUCGUUACUUUCUCGUGUCUCAUUGUUACGGUCCACAUUGAACCUUUGUCGUUCCAGAGAAUAUGGUUAUUACGAUUUGAUCUCGUUAACUGCUUAUUGUGUAGGGACAGUUUUCAGACAUUCGUAAUACUCUUCGAUUGCGCUCCGGUAUUGAGCGCUGGUUUUCUUUUGUCGAUGUCGAUGCCGUCGCGUGCGAGGAGAAAACAUUACGCGCGAACUUGCAUGUUUAAGGUAUUCGUCCAUUUCAGCAGCAUUUCUCGAGAUAUCACUGCCAUGCUACCUGUCCAAGCAAUAGUGUGUUUGAUGCAUUAUCGCGUUGGCACCGGGCAACUGAAGUGAAAAGAAAUGUGGUGGCGGCGGCCCACGCUUCGUUCACAUUGCUUAGUUGCCUUGACACUGCGUGCGUGAUAAAGCAGUAGGAACAAGAAUGAGGCAAGUGUGCAAAGCCGUUAUCGUACAGUGCACAUUGUCGUUGUGUCGUGGUGCAUGGGCUAUUAGAUAACAACAGCACCAAAUAGUUAAAGUCCAUCAAAUACAACAGACGAGAAGAAAGUGACAGGACUGAGCACUCAGCGUUAAGGUUGUGCGGCGAAAAAAAGAAAACAAAAGAAAGACGCGAUGGAAAGUCCACAAAACGACGUGGAAAGAGCCUGUCCAGGUUGUCUUGUGCUUUCUUGUCCUGGUUUUUAAUUUGUCUUUGCGCUGCACAAUUUGGUUUUCCAGUGAAAUGUAACAACUCGCCCGUGAGCGAAUUCUUUCGGCGCUCCGUCUCGUCUAUUUGUUGUUUUUUUAUACAGGUUGAGGAGGUUGAAAUUUGUCUUAGCCUUUUAAAACGCAUGAACUAGCCCAACUGCCUCCAAUAGACAGCUAUAGAUCUCGUGGUGUGUGCGUUAGCUGUGCGCCAAGAGAUAAGUGUGGUUCAGCAUGCGCUUCUCGUUGCGCGAGAACAGAGCGUGCGCACUUCAUUCAUUAAAGGUGAUUCAGGCGUCAGCGUUACACUGUGCACUUUGUCGAUGCCUUAUGAGCAUUUAGUUUGUCAUUUCAGAGUGAGUGCAAGAUCUCGUGAACAUUUAUAUGAGGUUUGCUUCCGUAUUGCUGUUCGGGUGCAAGACCUGUAUCUGUUAAUUCCAUCUUGUGCGUGUCCUUGUACUACAUAUUGUCAGGUGCGAUUGUAUUUCAUAACGUCCUCUCUGUGCUAAAACGGGAACGAGCACGAAACCAACAGAAAAGACGCCAUGGCCACGACGAGCGCUCGCCGCGUCUUGCCAUCGUCUCUUUUUGUUUCCGCAUUUGGCACAGCUGACCGAUAUGGAUAAACUAGCGCCUUUAGUUGCUAUGUUCGGUGAGAAUGGGCAUUUUAAUAAUCUAGGCAACGCCGAGGGUCACAAAAAGAAUUGCGCCUAAAUGAUUAACUAUGGUCGACCAAAGGAUGCCGCUCGAGCCAACGUUCCCACAAUAGACUUGUCAGGAGAAGCCCAAAUGUCUAACUGCUGACUCCAUCGACAUGUGUUGUUCAGCCCUUGUUCACCACUUCAUUUUAUUACCACGUUUCCGUCCAGACCAUUCUAAGUAUGUUAGUCCGCCGUAACCUUCACGAAAGUUUAAAACGUUGGCGAAGGACCAACUACAUCCGCAACGCUGACGGCUUUAAGGAAUGCGCGUGACAGUUACACUUGCCUGUUAAAUAAGUCGGAGCUGUCGACGGUGACAUGCAUCCGUGUGUGCGGCCAGUGUAAAACUAUUUAGGUCAUAUGGAUCGUGCAAAGCCCAAUAUAGAGAUCAUGCACUAAUGCUGAAACCCUGGACGCACUAUCGCACCGAAAUCUUUACGGUGAAUAGCGACCAGUAAAAUGGCUUGAUGAGAUCACUCAUCACGUACACAGUGGCAAUGAAACUUUCGAGAAAAUAUGUACUAAAUAUGCGGCACUAAUUGAGUAACAUUUCGCUUUCUCUUUAUGACAUGAUGACUGUGACAUGCUGACAUGCCUGCCGAGUAAGCGGCAUGCGCUACAAGCGAUGGCCGACAACUUAAUGCCAAACCGAGCAGUCUUCCUGUGGGCAAGCAGGUGUGUAGAAGGGGGAGGGGGGAUGCCUUCGUUUCUUCCUCUGCUUAGCGUGCUGUGCACGAGUGUGAGUGGUGCAAGCUCUUCACCACUGGGUGGGGGCGGUGGUUAGAGUUAGUAUACCAUGGAGGAAAGAAACUAGCAGGGAACACGACGCUGCGCUGCAAUUUUUCGCAAGUCACCUCUUCAUGAAGCCGUCCCUUCUUGCUGUUUAAAGCGAGUGCUAUUAUUUGUCUCUUUUGCCCGUUUUCGUGCUUGGAAUUGGCGCCGACGCAUGCCCGUUCGUUGUCUACCCUUGUAGCUCUCUGAGACGCUCUAGCUGCUACCGCUAUAGGUAUGCUGAUUAACGGCUCCCUUCUCCACGAAAUAGUGAAAUGAAGCAAGAAACGCAACCUAAAUAUCCUCACCGCAAUAAAUGUAUUUAGUUAUUCCUUUAAUGGUGCGAGUCCCUUUCAUGAAGCGUUCAGCUAAUCGCUUACACUGACAGUCAUCGUCGUUGUCGUCGAUGGUUUCUGCACUGCCAUGCAUCCAGAUGUCUGCUCGACUCGGCCUAGUAAUUCUCGAUACCGGUAGGUUUUAAUGAAGCCACACUUGUUCGUGGUCUUUGGUAAACACUCCGUCUUCUCCCGAUAUGCUUGUGCCACCUUGGUAGUGUAUGGGAGCUAAUAUAAGAUGUGCAUUUAUCGUCUUCGUUGAAGUGUGCGAGUGUUUCAGCCGUAAUUCGCUGCCGGAUCUCGUUUUUGUCGAAAAAGCGCGCAGAGGGCACGGCGAUUGAAGGGCACUAAAACCCUACGCCCCACGAUCACGUGCAGGGUCAAAUUUCUUUGGCUUGAAUACUUUUCUUUCGCUUGACCCCGCACUCUUCUUGUUCAUCUCGUUCCUCCGUAUUAGUACGCAGUGCACAACAUUCUAUAUUGUGCGAUGGCCGAAACGAAUACGAAACUCAAGUUAGACUAUGUUAAAGAGGAAUUAGCAUGGUUCCAUUUCCAAGCCAUCCGGCUUUAGCGUUUGUCAUUUGUGUGACUGCCUUGUAUCUAUUGUAUUGCGUGUUAAUUAUACAAUUUCAUAAUGAGCCUGCACCUUGUGGCCGCAUUUCUACGAAUAAUCAAAACUUCAUUGCAGUAAUCGUCUUGAUCUGCGAAGGGUUCAAUGUGCCAUUGUGUUUGUGCAGUUUCUUUUUCACAGGCAAAUAAACAAGAUGUGUUUACACAA